AUGUUUAAAAUAUUUCCGUCGAUUUUUCUGCCAUUUCCCUCAUUUUUAAAAUUAAAACUUUCAGCAGUUCAACAUGAACGCGGUCCUCGCCAAUCAACAAUGCGUAAACAGAUGCUUUUAAUGAAUGGUCUUCAACAACAAAGACAGCAACAAAGAAUACAUAAUCAAAAUGAAAAUCAACAUAAUAAUGGCAAUAAAAUGCCAGGCCAAAGAGGACGACUUUCGUUAAUUAGAAGUCAUUCUAGAGCGGCUAUAAAUCCCUCUUCUGUUUGUUUCUAA